UUGCCGCACUGAAUUAUUUGUGGUGCAAGUGGACUUGUUGUGUGCACGCAUUCAGUGAGAAUCUCUUCCUGAUGACGAUGGUCCUGGUGCUCAUAUGAAAUGGUUCCGGUCCAGCAGCAUUUGCUUGUCUUGCUAUCUCGCCUCGUCCGUGCAACGAUGUUGUGACACUGCGCUGUAGAAAUCAUUGUCAGGAGUCGCCUAUUGAGCACACUGCGUCUGAUUUAGAGCAGGGAGAAGUAAGCAGUGUGGAGAAGCUUAGACCAGACGAUGGCGACGGAGGAUAGAAGUGUGGAACUUGUCACAGGAACGCUGUUGUCCAUCUUAUUGACGGAGAUUUUCAAAGCUCUUAAAGAUGGGACGAUGGCCUACAGUAGAUGUCGUAAAGAGUGCGAGGCACUACAAAACGAGCUACUUUUCAUUCAGCAGGACGUGGAUCUCAUAGAAGCGAGGUUGUUGAGGCUGAGUAGUCUCCACGCUGACUCUGACGAUCUGAAAAUGGCACAAAAUUGGUUGAAUAAUCUUUAUGGAGAGAUGGAGAAGGCGAAGAAGCACAUUGAAAAGUUCAACAACAGGAAGGUGCCGUGGCGACCCCCCGGACUGUUGGAGAAUUUGAAGGCAUCGUCUGCUCGCAUCACGACUAUUGCGGCAAAUCGUGCCGGCCUCUACAUGCAACUUCCUCAUAUAAUACCUGGUGAAGGUAUGUAUCCACCAGCUUCACCAGCGCAUGCCUACAAUUGGGGAUCAAGCCAUCAUGCUCAACAAUCACACCACAACUAUUUUAACAACAGCUACUAUGCCACGACCUCGUCACAGCCGGAACACCAUCAUGUUUCCGGAGGCAUGCACCAGAACUAUUAUCCACAACACGGAGAAUAUCAUACAUCAGCCCCGCAUCCGCCUCCGGGUACUCCACACGGACACAACUUCGGCUACGUACAUUGGCCCCACUACUGUGGUUCAUAAUCACGGGGAUCAUCCCACUCUUGACAACUUGGUUUGUAGGGAGCUCAUGCAGCGACACUCUCCAUUUACCUCUUGUAGCAAAUGCACUCCCAGCACAACCUUUCUCCCAGCUCUGGUUUUCGUUACUGGUUUUCAUCAGAAAUAAUGCCAGACAUGUAGUAUGCACAAAAGAAGGCUGAGCAUGAGGACCUGAAAUUCGCAUAACGGUGGUGGAGCAAUCUUGCAGCUGUAAUGAACAAGGAGAUAACUGACGUCGUUAGUGCAGGAUCAGUAGAUGGAGGAAUUACCACAGAAUGUUAAAACAUUGGCUUAAUUCCAAAACCGCAAAAAUUGACACUGAAGUUUUUAGGGGUUUUAUUGACACAAACAAAGAUUACGCCGCCUUAGGUUGAUAGAAUUAUGGGAACAUUGGCUCCCAGUGUAGUAACACCCAUGGUUGCAGGUAGACAACCACUGACACUCUACUUCAUACUUCGAAGAGUAUUGCAAUUUUGUCAAAAUCCAAGGUCUCAGUUUUUGGAUAUUGUUGAUGUGUGAUCAUGUAUUUUUUAAAGAUUUGCUGCAAUGUUUAUGUCUGAUAAGUUUUACACCA